AUGGAGGUUGACCUCGAAAAAACUUCCGGGUCUGGCAUACAAGCCGCCCUUUCCUACCUCCAGUCGCACCCCAUCUACAUUUUCUAUGCCUUCUGCAUCUUCAUAGUCCUUCGCUUUCUCAAAAACCGUUAUGCCUCUCCUCUCCGCCACUAUCCUGGACCUUUUCUUGCAUCCGGUACCCGCUUGUGGAAACUAUUUGUAACCUUGCAAACCCACCAAGAAACCGCUUUCAUCAACCUCCACAAGAAAUAUGGCCCCAUCGUCCGCGUCUCCCCCACCGCUCUUUCGUUCUCCCGGCCAUCUGCCGCGCGCGAGAUCCUGUCGGCGGGCAAAGGGUUCCACAAGACGUCCUUCUACGCCGUCUUCCCGCCGCCCGAGAACCCGGACAUCUUCACCGAGACGCGCGAGGCGGCGCACGCGCUCAAGCGGCGCGCCGCGGGGCCGUCGUACGCCAUGGCCGCCAUGCAAGGGCUGGCGGACCGCGUCGAGGCCGUCAUCGGCUUGCUGUGCGAGCGGCUGGAUGGGUUCUGUGCUGCCGGUGGCGCCGCGCCGGUGGAGAUGGACCUCGGCGCGUGGCUGCACUUCUUCGCGUUCGACGUUUUGGGCGAGGUGGCGUUCGGGCGGGUGUGGGGGUUCCUGGCGGAGGGGAAGGACGUCGAGGGCUGCAUCGAGGCGAUCGAUCAGAGUCAGCGGUAUAACGGCGCGGUGGGCCAGUUGCCGCCGCUGGACCUGCUGCUGCGCAGGAAUCCGCUAUGGAGGGCGUGGCAGAAGGUGGUGCCGGGGGCGCAGCCGCUGGUGACGAGGAUCGCGUUGGAUGAGCUGCGGAAGAGGAAGGAGGAGGGUGGGGAGAAGGAGGAGGGAGGGAAGAGGAGGGACUUGUUGACGCAGUUGCUCAAGGCGCAUGACAAGGAUCCGGAGAGGUUCACUGAGGGCGAUGUCUUUGCUGUGACGCACGGUGCUAUCUUUGCCGGCUCCGACUCCACCGCCUCGACCAUGCAGUCCUUCAUCCACCACAUCCUGCGUGACCGCCGUGUCUACCUCCAAAUCGUGGCCGAAAUCGAUGCCGCCACGAGCGCUGGGAAGCUCUCGCGCGUCGUGCAGUUCAACGAGGCGCAGCUGCACCUGCCCUACUUCCAGGCUGCUCUCAAGGAGGCGAUGCGCCUCCGUCCCGCCGUCGGCGUCGCCAUGGCCAGGUCCGUACCCCCCACCGGCGCCGAGAUCGAUGGCGUAAGGUACCCGGCCGGCACCGAGUUGGACAUCAACGCAUGGGCGGUGCAUAGGGAUAAGGAAGCGUUUGGUGAGGAUGCGGAGGUGUACAGGCCAGAGAGGUGGCUGGAGGAUGGAGAGAGGGCGAGGCUGAUGGACAGGCAUAUGUUGCAGUUCGGAGGCGGCUCUCACGUGUGUAUUGGACGAAACUUGGCCUUGCUGGAGAUGAACAAGGUGCUUCCGAUGCUGCUUCGGGAUUACGCCAUGGAACUGGUGCAUCCGGACCGGGACUUGGAUUUCCAUACUUACUUUUUCGUGGUGCAGAAGGGAUUGAACGUCAGGAUCUCAAAGAGAGUAUAG